GAUGAGAACGGGAGCCUCCGCCGCCGGCCGGGCGCGCUGGGCCUGCCCCGGAACUUGGCCCUUGCCUCUCCUCGCACCCCUCGUCCCUCGUGUCCCCAACACCCCGCGGGCGAUGGUAGUCGGCUGCCCGCCGGGAUCGUGCGUCUGAGACCGGCGAUCGGGCUGCGGAGACCAUGGGGAGCAAUCGGGGCCGCAAGGCCGGACGGGGCUCUCAGGACUUCGGCGCGGGACUCAAGUACAAUUCCCGGCUAGAGAACAUGAACGGCUUUGAGGAGGGUGUGGAGUUCCUGCCUGCGAACAACGCUAAGAAAGUGGAGAAGCGAGGCCCCAGGCGCUGGGUGGUGCUGGUGGCCGUGCUGUUCAGCUUCCUCUUGUUCUCGCUUGUGGCUGGAUUGCUGGUGUGGCACUUUCAUUACCGGAAUGUGCGGGUCCAGAAGGUCUUCAAUGGCCAUCUGAGGAUCACAAAUGAGAACUUUCUGGAUGCAUAUGAGAACUCCACCUCCACAGAGUUUAUCAGCCUGGCCAACCAGGUGAAGGAAGCGCUGAAGCUGCUGUACAGUCAAAUCUCUGUCCUGGGUCCCUACUACAAGAAGUCAACUGUAACUGCCUUCAGUGAGGGCAGUGUCAUUGCCUACUACUGGUCAGUGUUCAGCAUCCCCCCACACCUGGCAGAAGAGGUUGACCGUGCCAUGGCUGUGGAGCGAUUUGUCACAUUGCCACCCCGAGCACGGGCACUGAAGUCCUUCGUGCUGACCUCUGUGGUGGCCUUCCCCAUUGACCCCAGAAUGCUGCAGAGGACUCAGGACAACAGUUGCAGUUUUGCCCUACACGCACAUAGUGGGACGGUGACACGCUUCACCACCCCUGGUUUCCCUAACAGUCCCUACCCAGCUCAUGCCCGCUGCCAUUGGGUCCUGCGGGGGGACGCCGACUCUGUACUGAGCCUCACCUUCCGAAGCUUUGAUGUCGCUCCCUGUGAUGAGCACGGCAGUGACCUGGUCACAGUGUAUGACAGCCUGAGCCCCAUGGAGCCCCAUGCUGUGGUGCGGCUAUGUGGCACCUACUCACCCUCCUACAACCUGACUUUCCUCUCCUCCCAGAACGUCUUCCUCGUCACGCUGAUAACCAACACUGACCGGCGACAUCCUGGCUUUGAGGCCACUUUCUUCCAGCUGCCCAAGAUGAGCAGCUGUGGUGGUUUUUUGAGUGAAGCCCAAGGGACAUUUAGCAGCCCCUACUAUCCAGGUCACUACCCACCCAACAUCAACUGCACAUGGAAUAUCAAGGUGCCCAACAACCGGAAUGUGAAGGUGCGCUUCAAACUCUUCUUUCUGGUUGACCCCAACGUACCAGUGGGCUCCUGCACCAAGGACUAUGUGGAGAUCAACGGGGAGAAGUACUGUGGUGAGAGGUCCCAGUUUGUGGUGAGCAGCAACAGCAGCAAGAUUACAGUUCACUUCCAUUCUGACCACUCGUACACGGACACAGGGUUCCUAGCUGAGUACCUGUCCUACGACUCCAAUGACCCGUGCCCAGGGAUGUUCAUGUGCAAGACUGGACGGUGCAUCCGCAAGGACCUGCGCUGUGACGGCUGGGCAGACUGCCCUGACUACAGUGAUGAGCGCUACUGCCGAUGCAACACCACCCACCAGUUCACGUGCAAGAACCAGUUCUGCAAGCCCCUCUUCUGGGUCUGUGACAGUGUCAAUGACUGUGGGGACGGCAGUGACGAGGAGGGGUGCAGUUGUCCUGCUGGGAAUUUCAAGUGUUCCAAUGGGAAGUGUCUCCCUGAGAGCCAGAAGUGUAAUGGGAAGGACAACUGUGGAGAUGGGUCUGACGAGGCCUCAUGUGACAGCGUGAAUGUCGUCUCUUGCACCAAAUAUACCUACCGCUGCCAAAAUGGCCUCUGUUUGAGCAAGGGCAAUCCUGAAUGUGACGGGAAGAAGGACUGUAGUGAUGGCUCGGAUGAAAAAAACUGUGAAUGUGGGCUGCGAUCAUUUACCAAACAGGCUCGCGUGGUUGGCGGCACGAAUGCGGACGAGGGCGAGUGGCCCUGGCAGGUGAGCCUCCACGCCCUGGGCCAGGGCCACUUGUGUGGGGCCUCACUCAUCUCUCCCGACUGGCUGGUCUCUGCAGCUCAUUGCUUUCAGGAUGAAAGAAAUUUCAAGUACUCAGACCACACGAUGUGGACAGCCUUCCUGGGUCUGCUGGACCAGAGCAAGCGCAGUGCCUCUGGGGUACAGGAGCUCAAGCUCAAACGUAUCAUCAGCCACCCUUCCUUCAAUGACUUUACCUUUGACUAUGACAUCGCCUUGCUGGAGCUGGAGAAGCCAGCGGAGUACAGCACUGUCGUGCGCCCCAUCUGCCUACCUGAUGCUACCCAUGUCUUCCCUGCUGGCAAGGCCAUCUGGGUCACAGGCUGGGGGCAUACACAAGAGGGAGGCACUGGAGCACUAAUCCUGCAGAAGGGUGAGAUCCGGGUCAUCAACCAGACCACCUGUGAGGACCUCCUACCCCAGCAGAUCACCCCACGGAUGAUGUGUGUGGGUUUCCUCAGUGGGGGUGUGGACUCCUGCCAGGGUGACUCCGGAGGCCCCUUGUCCAGUGUGGAGAAAGAUGGGCGAAUCUUCCAGGCUGGUGUGGUGAGCUGGGGUGAAGGCUGCGCUCAGAGGAACAAGCCAGGCGUGUACACAAGGAUCCCUGUAGUUCGGGACUGGAUCAAAGAGCACACUGGGGUAUAGGAGCAUGGACAGAUGGCCGACCACGAAUACCCACAGGGGAUGCCCUGACACGCACACCUGGAUACAGGAGGGGAGCACUGAGGACAUUUAUGCUGUGGUCUCUCCCCCACAACCCAGACUGUGAACUGCAUCCCUAGGACUCAGAGUUCUUCCCUGAGUUUCCAAAGUGGGAUCCCUCAGGAAUCGGAGAGAGUACUUCUGUGCUAGUGGCCCAGCCGGGGGCAAGGAUUUGAUGGCAGCCUUCCCCUCUAGCCCUGAGCUGGGUGAAGAUGAUGCUUUCCUGGAGAGCUGCUUCCUGACUCUAAAGGAAAACUAUUGUUGAGCUCCUGGGAGCCCUAUGGGUGGAAGGGCUCGGGAGGUCACUCUUUUCAGGAAGCUCUGGCUCUAGGGACCCCCAGAAACGAGUGGCACCUAAGGCUGAAUUGUUUUGCUGGUGCCAGGGGUGGGUAUUUGAGAGUAAAACAUUUUAUUUCUUUUUA